AUGGACGAGAUCUCGGGCGGGAGCUUCCUCCGCUGCGCCGACGCCGAGGUCGACCUCGCCGCGUUGGCGGCCGAGGACUUCCCCGAGCUGCCCUGGCUCAAGGCCAAGGGCUACUACGUCAUCGAGGAGUUCGUCGCCAACUGGGUGGAGAUCGCGCUAAGGAUGUCCUGGGCCACGGCCGUGGCGGCCGGGGGCGGCGGCGGAGGGAAGAAGGCGGUGAGGGUUGGGAAGUGCGUCAAGGAGAAAGCUGGGCUGGCGUCCACCGCCUUCUGGAGGGAGAAGGGGUAUGUGGACUGGUGGAUGAGGCUCGAGCCGCGGGUCAGAGCAAGGAUCACAGGAGCCUUCUUCGGCAAGAGUGCGAUAGCUCUGGCUAGUCUCACAUCUAAGUCACAUACUAAUAACUCAAGUUUGCAGGCUAAUGAGAUUGGUGGAGGACCAGACGUUGCUUCUAGCGGCACAUCCUGUUUAUGCGUAGGUGAAUCUGGAUCAUUUGGUGCAGACAGUUUGUAUGGAAGUACACGUCAGUCUUUUUUCAGAAAGAAUCAAUCUGGUUGCACUGAUGUUGCAAGCAUCCUGUCUUGUAAAAAGAAGCCUGCUUUUGCUAAAGUAUUAAAAAGAUUGCUACUGCUUCAGGAGAUAGUGUGUUUAAAGAGCAAAAUUACUUACUGUGCUGAUGAUGCAAUCUUUCUCACUUCAUUAAUGUCAGCUGGCACUGUUGCUGACCUUAUACUCAUGAGAUUAAGAAAACUUCUCAUGGUGGUGUCGACGGAAAGUAUAAAUUAUGAACUCAUUGGGGACGGAGCAUCAAAUACCCCCAAAAAGAAAGAUGUUGAAAAGACAAGUGGAAGUUCUCGGAAAGGAAAGAAGAAAACUAGUAGCUCGAAAAAGCUAGUAGCUUCUUCAAAGACAUCCAAGGACAAUGGAAGCAGUAGCACAGAAAGCCGAAAUUCUAGGGUUGUGCCUAAGUCGAACCAGCGUACACCAUCUGUUCGAGGCGCUACUAUCGGACCUGCUUCUGAAGAAACUCCUUGCAAGGAAAUUGCACCAACGCCAGUGGUGGACCAAGCUAUCAGGUUAGGUGACUGCAAUAAUCAAUGUAACAAAAAGAAAAACAAACGUAAAGGGAAAGCUAAACUCUCUGAUCUGAUGAGAACUGGGAACCCUGCACCUGGCAAAUUGAAAGCAGGUGGUGUUCAUGUUUCUGCAGAAGCCAUGUCUCCACCUCGUGUCCCAUCUCAUGUGAAGCCUUCCAGUAAUGACAUCCCUCAAGCAGCUGGUUGCUCUAAUUGUUCAAGUACCUAUGGUGGAACUGAAGAUAAAGGCGUCAGAAGCAGCAAAAAACUGGAAGAUACCUUAUGUUCUUCUAUAGUUGUCUCAUCAAUAAGUACAGAGCAUUGUCAGAGUGCACAAAAACCUGAUAACUUCAGCAUGAAUGAGCAAGGGGCAUCAUGCACUAGUCUAAAUGAAUCCAUGGUCCAACGACCUUUGUGUUCACCUUCCAGAAGUGAUAAUGUCUUAUCAGGUAAUCCAUGCAGAAACUCUGCUGACUCCUUGGUAAGAACUGCACAGGAUAAGGCUGGCUGUGAUAUAACACAGGGAGUUUUGCACGGACUUGCUCCUGGUGUUGUUGCUGCAGGAUACGAGAAACACGUGGAUCAUAACUCUGUAGUGAAAACCGAUAAACUUUUACCAUCAGUCAUUCCUGCAAACAUUCUCCAAAGUGCUCUAAGUGACAAUGGCACAGUAAUGAAGAACGGCGGAAGUGAAUAUUAUGCAUUCAACAGGAACCUACUGGGAGGAACAUCAUACGAGUGGCCUAGUGUAGCACCUCACUUUGUAUCUCCUGAAAUGCAACAGCGUCCUGCUGCAGCAGACAGGUUGCAUCUUGACGUUGGUUACAGAUGGCCUACUCAAUUUGACCAGCCUUUCCUACCUGCCAACCAUCAUCAGGUGAGAAGCUCGCCUAUUGAAGCUGGGUGCAAUCCAAUGUUAUCCUCUCUGUCAAUGCCCCUAAGUUUUGAUUGGCCUCCUGUUUUCAGAGGUUAUGGUAAAUUGACUCAGAAUGCUGCAUUAAGUUAUGAUCCAGUGUUUGCUCCACAUAUGCAGUCUUCUGCCUGGCCUGGGUUUCCUGCUCAACUAAUGCAAAGAGGUGGCAUUUGUAGUGAAAAAGAUAGGAAAUAUUUUGGUGAUAGUGACCCAAGAAACGCAUCGGAUGUUGGCGAUGAUGCUGAAAGCUAUUGGUGUUCUGAAGAAGAAUCAGAUGGCCAUGCAGUGUCUGGAAGAGAUAUUAAUCAAUAUUUUGGUGGAGGCGUGAUGUAUUGGAGUCCUGCAGAACUUGCCGGAACAGGCUUUUCGAGGCCACCAUCUCUUAGUUCAGAUGACAGUGCUUGGGCUUGGCAUGAGGCAGAUGUUAGCCGAGUUGUCGACGAUCUAGCUGUUGGGAUUCCAUCAACAUAUAGUGCGAAUGGUGCAUCAUCACCACCAUCCACUCCAUUCUGUUCCCAAAAUGAAACUUCCGAUCCUUCCCCUCAGCCUGUUUGUCACGCAAGGGCAGGGACUGACAACAAUAAUGAAACUUUGCAUUCUCCAUCUUCCACUCAAGACAGUCCCGAAGAUAAGACUACUUCGUCUGCAAAGAGUCCAUCUUGUGCCACUGAAAUAGUAAAAGGAGAUACAUUACCAUAUGCAAUGUUGAGGCCAAUUGUUGUUCCUAAUAUAUCACGAAGGUUAUCAAGAUCUGACUUUAGGGGUGGUCAUGAUCACAGGAGCCCAUGUGUGUCUUCGGCCAGGAGAGAUAUACCUCUUGUAAGAAGACCUCCAUCACCAGUGGUACUUAGUGUUCCUCGCGUGCCUCGGCCACCCCCUCCUUCUCCUGUUGGAGAGUCAAGAAAACGUGGAUUCCCAAUUGUUAGAUCUGGCAGCUCAAGUCCAAGGCAUUGGGGGAUGCGAAGUUUGUUUCCGGAUGAUAAAAUAUUCAAUAGGGCCCAGUAUUGCUUGGAUGGUCCUGAAGUUGUUUGGCCUGCAUGGGUGAAUAAAGGCACUACUACUGGCACACUAGUGCAAUCAAUUGAGGAUACUGUUUUGCAGGACCACCUUGUUAAGAUUUCACACCUUUCUCAUGAUCAACAUCCAGAUGUUGCAGUUCCUUUGCAACCACCUGAUAUGUCAAAUGGUUCAUCUCACAAGGCGUCACUCUGUUUGAUGCACAAUGCUCUACAUGAAGAGAUCGAUCAAUUCUGCAAGCAGGUUGCUGCUGGGAAUCUGGUGACAAAGCCCUAUAUAAACUGGGCUGUCAAAAGAGUCACACGAUGCCUACAAGUUCUCUGGCCUCGCUCACGUACAAAUCUAUUUGGCUCGAAUGCCACUGGUUUGGCUCUUCCAACUAGUGAUGUAGAUCUUGUGGUUUCUCUUCCCCCAGUUCGAAAUCUGGAACCUAUUAAAGAAGCUGGAAUUUUGGAAGGCCGUAAUGGCAUAAAGGAAACAUGCCUCCAGCAUGCGGCAAGGUGUCUUGGAAACCAGGACUGGGUUAGGAGUGAUUCCCUUAAAACGAUUGAAAACACAGCAAUACCUGUGAUCAUGCUUGUAGCACAAGUACCUUGUGACAUAAAUAUGUCUAGUGAGUACCCUUCUGUUCUGGAUAGCUCACAAGAAAAUCCAGUCAACAUGCUUGGAGAGCAAGGAAGCCCGCCUCGUUCUGAUAACUCUAGUUCAGAAGGCAGCAACACGCUUAUGUCCUCAAAAAUGCAUAAGGAUGAUUGUGACGUUGCACAGUCAAUUCGUCUUGAUAUAAGUUUUAAAUCGCCAUCGCACACAGGACUCCAGACUACUGAGUUGGUUCGUGAGCUGACUCAGCAAUUUCCUGCGGCUUUACCCCUUGCCUUAAUUCUGAAGAAAUUUUUGGCUGACCGGAGCUUAGACCACCCAUAUUCGGGUGGUCUAAGCUCUUAUUGCUUGGUGUUGUUAAUCACUCGUUUUCUUCAGCAUGAACAUCAUCUAGGUCGGCCUAUAAACCAAAAUCUGGGCAGCCUUUUGAUGGAUUUCUUGUAUUUUUUUGGGAAUGUGUUUGAUCCACGCCAUAUGCGUAUUUCAAUCCAAGGAAGUGGAAUUUAUUUGAACCGAGAAAGAGGGCACAGCAUCGAUCCAAUUCACAUUGAUGAUCCUCUUUGCCCAGCUAACAAUGUGGGUCGGAAUUGUUUCCGGAUCCACCAAUGCAUCAAGGCUUUUGCUGAUGCUUUUGCUGUUCUAGAGAACGAGCUACUGCAGUUCACUGCAGAAAGUGACAUGCCUGCAUCAUCAUUCAGCCUACUGAAGAAAAUAAUUCCAAGUAUUGAUUCUAAUGAGUUAUAGCAAUAAAAAGAACCUGGGAUAUCACAAGCUACAUGCAGUGUCGGGUUGGAAUGGCCUCUGCUGCGUUCUAGACACUGAAUUACUAAUGCAGCUAGUAAAAAAAAGAAGGCUUGUUCAAUGUGAUGCUUUCUGCCCUCCUCUUGCCUCUAGCUGCUGAGAGCUGAGACCUUCAGUUGAGGUAUUAGGCUGAAUUGGAUGAUUCAAGCGCAAGAAGGUGUUGCACACAAGAUGCUAUGUGUUGCCAAGGAUGAGGAAAUGGACUCGCUCAAUGAUGUGUGCUGCUAGCUUGAUAAGGUCAAGGAAGGAGCAGUAUAGCAGCAGAUCUGCACAGAACUUCAGAUCCGGAGGAGCACGUGGGAUAAGCUCUCGCAUACCAGCUGCAUGUUUUCUGAAGCACCUGUUCUCUGAAUCUCAGAAUAUACUGAAGAAAACCGAGACAUUCAUAUCCAUAUGGAGGGACAACUCCUUCGUGCUUUUGGUAGGCAACAUCAACUUGUGGAACAGGAAAUGCUAUGAAGCUACUCCUUCAUUGGAUCCUGCAGCUGGUAUCAGACUUGUGGUACACGAAGAACGACAGGUCCAGCGGAGCAAUUUCCCAGAUUGUUGUGCUAAGAAAGAGAGAUCCCGAAGAGGAAGAUUGUUCCCUGGACACACCGAAGGGUAACUCUGAAGAUCAUUGCAGUGAUCUGGAGUUUCAAUUCUUCAUUGCGGUUACUCGCCAAUGCUAUCGCCACAACAGUCUACAACUUACUCUUUUGUGGAAAGAAGAGGGUGCAAGCUUUAUUGAAUAUAUGCAAAACAACAGAUAUCGUGAGAGCACUACUAGUAUUGUAUUAGGAUCCCUGCUAUUUAGUACUUUGCAAGACUCAAGUGGUUUUGGCUUAUUUAUAAAAGCUAGGCAUGAUGGUUGCGAUACAAACUACACAUUUGAUGAUAUUUUAGUUUAUGUGCGGAUGUAA